AUGGAUCCGCUUCCCUCUUCACCUGCACGCCCGUCCUCGCCAGAGCCCACCCUUCACGCAGAGGUACCCGCAUGCAAGUCGCAGGCAGAGGAGACUGCCAGGACCGAGCACGACCAUCAUGACGGAACGUCGGAGCGCGCAUCCUGCGCAGAGUCGCCAGACCCGACGGCGGAGGGUGACACUACACAAAGGAGGUCGCAGAAGGGGAUUCGCCAGCUCGCGCAAAAGUUCAAUCCUUCGUUGACGUUGGAAAACUCCGGCAGCGUCGCCCGAGACCACCUCGCCUCCGAGCGCACUUUUCUCGCAUAUGUGCGGACGAGUCUCACUAUAGCCUCCAUGGGAGUCGCGCUGGUGCAGCUUUUCACAAUCGCGGGGGAUAAAAACCAGCAGCUGACAAGAUACUCGCGGCCGCUCGGAGCGACCAUCAUCAUCGUUGGCUUGUGCACGCUCUUCCUCGGCGUCGCGCGCUAUUUCACAGUGCAAUAUGCGCUCGUGGUUGGCAUGUUCCCCGUUGCAAGAGUCAGCACAAUCCUGGUCGCCGUCGCGUUGUGCGCUAUCAUCACAUCCAUCUUUGGCAUCUUGCUGGCGACUAGAGAUUGA